AGAGCAAGAGGUCUUAUCGACAUAUUCCGCGACCGGGUAGCUUUCCUAUAUUGCGUUUAUAAAUCCGUCGGAGAAUCGAGGCAUCUCCAAAAACAGUGUCAUAUAUGGAUGAAAUGGAAGAAGAAUUAAAAUGUCCCGUCUGUGGAUCUUUUUUCCGGGAGCCGAUUAUUCUGCCUUGCUCUCACAAUAUUUGCCUGGCUUGUGCUCGGAAUAUUUUAGUGCAGACCCCCGAUGCCGAGUCUCCGCAGAGCAGCCGGGCUUCUGGCUCGGGGGUCUCCGACUACGAUUACCUUGAUUUGGAUAAAAUGAGCUUAUACAGUGAGGCGGACAGCGGCUAUGGCUCAUACGGGGGCUUCGCUAGUGCCCCGACCACCCCUUGCCAGAAAUCCCCGAACGGGGUGCGGGUUUUCCCCCCUGCCGUCCCUCCUCCCCCUUCCCAACACCACUUGCUUCAACACCCCGGCUCCCUACCCCCUAUCCCCCGCAACUCCUGCAUCACCUGCCCGCAGUGCCAUCGCAGCCUCAUCCUGGACGACCGGGGGCUCCGCGGUUUCCCCAAGAACCGGGUGCUGGAAGGGGUGGUCGACAGGUACCAGCAGAGUAAAGCGGCCGCGCUCAAGUGUCAGCUUUGCGAGAAGAGUCCAAAGGAAGCCACGGUUAUGUGCGAGCAGUGCGACGUGUUCUAUUGCGAGCCAUGUCGCAUGCGAUGCCACCCUCCCCGCGGUCCGCUUGCUAAGCAUCGCUUGGUUCCCCCGGCACAAGGCCGGAUAAGCCGCCGGACUAGUCCUCGGAAAAUCUCUACCUGUACAGAACACGAGUUGGAGAACCUGAGCAUGUACUGUGUGCAGUGUAAAAUGCCAGUUUGCUACCAAUGUUUAGAAGAGGGCAAGCACUCCACGCAUGAAGUCAAAGCUCUCGGGGCCAUGUGGAAACUUCACAAGGGUCAGCUGUCGCAGGCUCUGAACAUCCUAUCGGACCGAGCCACGGAGGCCAAGGAGUUCCUGGUCCAGCUCAGGAACAUGGUCCAGCACAUCCAGCCGGCUGACGCUCCAGGAAGGCCCUCAGUGAUGUCAGGGUGGGGAACACUGAAGGAGAACGGGGUGGAGUUCGAGGCCUGCCUGGUGGCACAGUGUGACGCCCUCAUCGACGCCCUCAACCGCCGCAAGGCCCAGCUCCUGUCCCGGGUCAACAAGGAGCACGAGCACAAAUUAAAGGUUGUGCGGGACCAGAUCGCCCACUGCACGGUGAAGCUGCGUCAGACCACGGGGCUGAUGGAGUACUGCCUGGAGGUCAUCAAGGAGAACGACCCCAGUGGCUUCCUGCAGAUUUCGGACGCCCUGAUCCGGAGAGUUCAUAUGACGGAGAGCCAGUGGGGCAAGGGCACCCUGACCCCCCGGAUGACCAGCGACUUCGACCUGACCCUGGACAGCGGACCACUUCUACAGACCAUCCACCAGCUCGACUUCGUCCAGAUGAAAGUUCCCUCCACAGUCCCAGCAGCGCCCAUGCUGCAGCUGGAGGAGUGCUGCACCCAGAACAACAGCGCCACCCUGUCCUGGAAGCAGCCGCCCCUCUCCACCAUCGCUGUGGACGGCUACAUCCUGGAGCUGGACGACGGGAACGGGGGACAGUUUAGGGAGGUGUACGUGGGGAAGGAGACCAUCUGCACUGUGGACGGGCUGCACUUCAACAGCACCUACAUGAGCCGUGUCAAGGCCUUCAACGGCAGCGGAGUGAGCCAGUACAGCAAAACCCUGGUGAUGCAGACCUCUGAGACCGGACUCCCCCCAUGUGAUAUAAAAACCAUAGCAACAGUCGCCUGGUUCACCUUCGACCCGGCGUCCGCCCACCCCGACAUCGUGUUCUCCAACGAAAACUUCACGGUGUCGUGCAACAGCUACGACGACCGGGUGGUGAUGGGAAACACUGGCUUUUCCCGCGGAGUGCACUACUGGGAGAUGAGCGUCGACCGCUACGACAACCACCCGGACCCCGCUUUCGGGGUCGCCCGCGGCGACGUGCUGAAGGACGUCAUGCUGGGAAAAGAUGACAAGGCGUGGGCCAUGUACGUGGACAACAACCGCUCCUGGUUCAUGCACAACAACUCGCACACCAACAGGUCGGACGGUGGUAUCGGUAAAGGGGCCACAGUGGGCGUGCUUUUGGACUUCACUCGCGGGAUUCUGCUGUUCCUGAUCAAUGACGAGCAGCAGGGCCCCAUUGCCUUCGAGGGCAUGGAGGGGCUGUUCUACCCCGCCAUCAGCCUGAACCGCAACGUGCAGGUAACCCUGCACACUGGAUUGCCCAUCCCCGAAUUCUACACCCCGAGCGAUCCGGACCCUCCCGGCUCAGUGUGUUAACGUCCCCAUAGCAACCGUCCGGUAGAGGGGGGCAUGGCCCUGGACUCACCUCUGUCUCCACCUCCUAUUUCCCUGCCCCACACCCUGAGCUCCCCAGAAGACCACAUCCUGGACAUCCUGAUUCUCCAAAUCCCUGCGUUCAUAUGACCAUCGCCACACCCCCCGCCCCCCGCCCCUGUACAGGAGAUGGAGCUGAAGAUUGGAGUAAAGAGAAAGAUAUUUUGAUUUGGUCACAUUUAGCAUUCGGUGAUUAGAUUAUAUUUUUAUGUGCUUUUAUGUAAAUGAAGGUGAAAGUUUGACCUACUGUGAGGACUGUUCUUUGCUGGAGCCCUUGAGCCACACAACCUGUUCCAUCACCGAUAAUGACAAUGCAGGCAAGUAAAAUCUUCAUCAUACCCCUCCUCUUCAUCGAUCCCUGUUCAGCUGGGGAGACGCAACAAACCACGGAGCUCCAGUGUGUGUGCUCUGACAGGCCAUUUUCUCAACAACAAAAGUCAUUACUUCAGUUCUACACUAGGUGGCAUCAAAGGGCAACAUCCCUGUGAAUUGGAUAAGGACUGUGUAUAUAGCUAUUUCUUUUGCUCCUACAUUGGCUGAGUUGUGUAAUAUGCUGGAUAGUAGAUUCAUAGAGACUGACUUGGACUGAAUUGCCCAUCACUGUGUUACCCGUGUGAAAACCUUUAACCAGAUCCAGAUUGGUUUACGCAGAACCCUCCUGUCCCUAAACAUCCCCAAAAAUGUGAUUCUGUUUACCAAAGGAGGAGCACAAGGGAUGAUGGUGAACCUGUUACAAAGGAUUAUAAUUGUUUUUUUUGUAUGAAGUGUAAUUCUGCCUAGUUGACUUGUGUAAUGGUCCCUGGCUACAUCACUAACUUUUGUUUGUAUUGUUUUAUCUCUAAUGUGGAGCGCUGUAAAGUGGCUUGCUUGUGUGACCUCCUGUUAUGAUUAUAUGGUGAAUUUUCGAGUCAAAUUGGUCAGCGCUCUGCCAUCGUUGUGACUGUGUAGAGUCCGUGCGGCUUCUUCCGGAAACUUCUUCCGGAAACGGGCUCUACUACUUCUGCAGAAUCAGAGUUUCUCCACGCUGCAGCUCCUACAGGACGCAGCGUGUCUGACUUCUGUUAUUCUCCUGUUUGUUUUAUUUUCUACAUCGAUGUGUCAUUUUUCUGGCACAGUCUUCAUGAGGUGCUACAGCAGCUGCUUAUAUCAACUUGGUUACUGUAGGUUUCCAGGCACUAGUAGUUUUUGUACUAUUGUUCAUGGACUGCCCUGAUGUAUAAAAUGUAUAUAAAUAAGUUUUUGGUGUUUA